AUGAUAGCUCAGAGAAAGAAUGGGCUAGCCAAUCAUUCUGAAAGCGAGCUUAAGGAUCUUCAGAAUACUGCUACAAAGAUUGAUACCAAGUCUUUACUAACAAAAGAAGCCGCUGAACCGCCACCGCCACCAACCCCCAAAUCUUUCAAAAACACAAAGAAACAUGCCGAUGCGGAAAAAUCCAAACAAAAUGGUCAACUGAAUCAGCAGCAGCCAAUUCUAAAAAAGCGAAGCUGGUUCAGAAGAUCCAAAUCAGUUGAAAAGUUACAAGCACCGCCUGUUUCAAGCGUGGUGACAUCAAUUCCAAAACUACCAGCAACUGCUUCUGCUGCUGGAAAUACCGGUACCGGUGCAGCAACAGUAGCAGCAAACUCAAGCAAACUGAGUUUGAGCCUCACCGCUUCAAAAAUUAGUAGGCCACAAAUACCAAGAUCAAGGAGCUGGUUUUUCAAGUCAAAGAAUAAAUCAGCAACAACGCUUACACAUUCCUCGGGAUCAAGUGAGUCCGAGCAUAUUGAAUUGCUUUCAACUGAAUCGGUCGACACCGGAACUUCAAUAAUGACGGUAAUAAGAAAGGUAGAGGAAGACGAUAGUAUACCCAUUGUUUAUGGGAACUAUUCUGGGGAACCAACAUUUAAGAAACAAAUCGAAGAGCCUACAAUAUUCCAAGCACAACUAGCCAAAUUCAACAAUUUUGAUAGAUUCGACGAAGCUGCUUAUUUUUUUUGGAAUAUCUGGGAGAUUGAUGAGAGCGGCAAAAAGAAAAUAGUUCGAAUUAUCGAAUGCAGCAGCGAUUUUACUGAUAUUUUUCGAAAUUUCACAUACGAAAAAGUGUUCAUCAUGAGAAGUAGCUUAAUACCAAACUAUAACCUGUUCAAAAAUGGUUACUUGGUCAAAUUGAAAUUGUUGCACGGGAAAACAGCAACAAACGCUGAGUUGGGAUUACAUUUAUUUGUGAAAUGUUGCAAAAAUUCGAUUUUGAAUAAUGUUCCAAAUAAUGCCAUAAAUGUCAAUGUUUGUGGUUAUACCUAUGCGCGCAAGAGUUCAAUGACUCUGAUAACACUUUGGAUACAUCCUAUUUUGAAUAUGUCAUUUGACAUUUCCAAUCAAGUUAGAUUAUUAAUACAACUGCUUAACUUUGGAAUCAAUUUGAAUAAGAUUACACUAGUUGAUAUAAAUAACAAUUCCAAAACUUUGAUUAACACAGACUUGACAUAA